UAGCACACAUCACGACUGAACACACUAAAACUCGUCCUAAAAGAGCUAAAAGCACUGUAAACAAAUAAAUAGAAUCCUUCCAAUUUACCCAUCCUAUCCUAUUCCACCAUCUUGUCGCUAUCGCUUACGACCUUGGCACCAUAAUCGGCACCAUACCAUCCAUACCAUCGCUACCAUCCCUACCCAUCCCUACCCAUCCCCUACCCAUCCCCUACCCAUCCCCUACCCAUCCCUACCAUUGAAUCGGCUCUCACCGGCUCCCCAGGAUCUUUCCCACCCGCCAAGCCCGUAAUAUCGAGCUUCCCCCCAUCCGAGAACAUGGGUAGCAUCACGCCCAUCCCGUACUGGCAAACCAACAUCCCACCCACGCAGCAAACAGCACAAUGUCCAAUCUACCUGCAAAAUCUCUCCGCGAAAGACAUCAGCAUAAUCAGCACCCCAGACAGCAAUUACCAGGUCCUCUCAUGGCCAACCGUGCGCCGAAUAAUUUCAGACAACCGACUCGAUCUCUUUCAACGCAAACCCUCCGAUCUACGACGAUAUCUAGAAUAUUGCUAUAACAUCAAACAGAAAUAUGGUUCGGUUAUGCGUUACAUGCUGGAUGUGAAAUUACAAUGGAAAGAAUCAGAACUGAUAGCGCAAGAUGUGCCAUUUCGUAAUGAAGACGAUUUUAAAGUAUCAAUGAAUGAUUGGCCCUAUGGCAUCGAUGCGAAAAUCGUCCAUCUAGUUGUGUGGACGAAGUUCGCUUUGGAAGAUGAUCCUGAAACGGGUGAUACGAGGGAUGAUGUGAAGAGGGAGAUUGAUCGAUGGGUGGAUGCCGUUUUUGGGGAGAAGUGUGGGGGCGAGAAUGUAAGUUACUCUCUUACUCCGGUUUUACCUGCACAUGCAUGUAAGAUUCUUGUGUAUUAUCUUGGCUUUUCAUUCAUGGCUUGCAUUGACUGAUUUUGCAUGGGGAAUCACGUUGACAUUGGAAGGGCGCUAAUGAGAAAUUUCGUAUGCAGGUGAUCUGGUUUAGGAAUUGGAGGAGCUUGAAGUCGAUUCAUUCGGUGGAGCAUUUUCACGUUAUGCUCUAUGAUCCGGAUUCCAAUUUUGUAAGAGAAUUGACCAAGGGAGAUAUUUCCAGUCAGGAAGCAAUGUAGCGAGCUGGACGCGGGAAUAAGUCAUGGGGAAAGUUGCUGGUGAUAAUUUAAUGCGAUUAUUCAGCAGUGGCGUUCAGUAAAGAGGUUAUGGAAAAAUUAGACGGUAAACAAAAAGUAGUCAGAUAGAAUGCUGCAAGAAGUAAGCCCGGUUCUUCUCGUAGCUAAACAUGGAGUUUAAUCUGCACUUUUAAA